AUGAACCUAUAUAGCGCAAUAUAUGUGGAAUUGCAUCUUACUCAUGACAAACAAUGCCAAGCUAGACUGCAGCCCCCUAGUGAUGACGAUGAUGAAGAUGAGGCAGAAGUAACUUGUGAAUUUUGCUGCCAAAUGGCAAAACCCUUUCCUUCCCGGGCACAGCUUGCCACAGAACCUGCAGAGAAGCUCUUUUGCUGUGGUCUCUAUCAAGAUUUGUAUUAUUACUUGCUGAGAGAGCAGGAUACCCUGGCUACAGGGAUUGAACUGAUUGACAUAUUUGCAAAUAAGACAUUUAGCAGCAAGCAGGCUCGUAAAGAAGCGAUGGAGAGAGCAGCACAGAGGAUGUGGGAGAAAGAACAAGAGAAAUACAGGGCUAUCAGCAGAAAUUCACGUUUCAUUAGCCACCAGACUGCUACAAUUUCUUAUCAGUUAUCCUCUUCAUUUUGUAUGGAGCAAGGCUGGACGUUACCUUUCCCUCCUUUCGAAGAACUGGAAGUUGACAAUGUGUUCAUGCCUGCCUCAGACCUAUAUGAAAAGCAUUUAAAGGGUCUUCGUGGACUUGUGCAGAAGUUAUAUCCCAAUGGGCAACCUUUCGUCACUCUUUUUUCAGAUGGCACAGGACAAGUUUUCUAUUUUUCAGGUAAUCUUGCCAUAGCAAUUAUAUCUUCACUUCCUACUUUGUGUACAUUUAUCAUUCUGGAGGAUCAAGAUACAUGUCCCAAGAUACAAGCAGUUUUCCAAACAAAUGGCCAUGCAACAUGCUACCAUUCCAAUGGUGUAAUAAGGGUUAAUCUGACUCCUUAUGGUGGCUGUUGCUUGGACAGGAAUGGCACAAGACAGAAACAAUGGCAAUGGAGAGAUUUUACCAACCAUGUUCAUGCUCCACCAUUCCAACCUAUUUGUCUGUCAUUAAAUUCCAGCAUUGGCAUUCGAAUAAUUUCACAAGAGCAAGUCUACAUCACAUUUAGAAGUAAAAGGAACAGAGUAAAAUUCAACAUGGGUGCUCGAGUAAUGCUGAAAUCUCCAGAGAAGCUCAGAGUAAAGAAGCCAAAUGUCACAGAGGAGGAACACUUGCUUCAGUGCAAAAUAUUGAAGAUUUCUACACUUUUAGACAAGAUGCAAGAUGCCAUCAAGUAUCCACAUAGUAUUCCUAUCUUAACAAUGCAGCUUGAAGAUCAAGAUAGAGCAGCUACAAUUACUGAUGAAGGCAAAAAUGCAAAUCAUGUAAAGAAAGCCCUCAAGUCUGCAAGGAAGUAGCAACAAUGUUUAUAGCACUGGAACACUGAACUGGUAACAAUUUUCAUGAAAGUGCACACCUUAGUGAUCCAGACAUGUAGCUUAUUUUUGUAGAUUGUGUAUAAAUGACCAAGAAUAAAAACAUCUCAUCAGA